ACAGCGUGUAAGUGGAACUUGUUGUGGGAUUUCUUCAUUAGCACUUUCGAAAUUGGUCAAUUAGUUAUAGUUGCUGACAUUUCUGCUUCGUAGCAGCUACUAGCUUCAUUUUCUGUUUAAAAAUGGAGAGGUUUGAUUGAGUUGUUUUGACUAUGCCGGUGGAGUAAAGCGAGGAGGAGAAGAGGAAGGGAAGAACGGGAGAGAGUUGAGCGGAUUUGAAAGAGGAAAUCAUCCCUUACUGGUCGAACAGCGAAGCCUGCGGACAGAAACAGAGGGAGGUUUGGCCAUUUACCGAGGCUGGAGUUUGUUUAGAGCUGAUAUUUGUUUUGUUUUGGGUGGUUUUUUGAUGUGGCCGGUUCUCAGUGGAGAAGUUUUUCCCGCAAAUGACGUGGAAUAGCACGAUGAGCAGUGGCUACAGUAGCUUGGAGGAGGACUCCGAAGAGUACUUUUUCACGGCCAGGACCUCUUUCUUCAAAAAACCCCCCGGAAAAAUCACAGAGAAAAAGGAUGUGGAGAAGGAGAGAGAGUUGCGGACAGAGUUCAGCAAAGAGGAGAUCUGGCAGAGAAUCGAGCAGUACAACUUGCUAACCAAAGACCACCUUAAAAUGACGCUGGGUGCGGGCGGUGUGUACACGGGUUUCAUCAAGGUCCAGAUGGAUUUGCGGAGGCCAAUGACGGUGCAGGGAAGUCAGACAAGAGCCGGGGAGGCCUUCUAUCUGCCCCAAGGAGUCUCCAACACCCUCCACGUCAGCUCCAAAACCACAGUCAAAGAGGUGAUCGUCGGCUUGCUGAGCAAAUUCACAGUUGCAGACAACCCGGCUAAAUAUGCCCUGUAUAAGAGAUACCGGCGGGAGGAGCAGGUUUAUACAUGCAAGUUGGCGGAUGCUGAGAAGCCGUUGUUUCUUCGCCUGGUGGCGGGACCCGACCCAGACCUGCUCAGCUUUGUCCUCAAAGAACAGCAGACGGGAGAAGUCAUGUGGGAUGCCUUCUCCAUCCCUGAGCUGAAAAACUUCCUGCGGAUCCUCGAAAAGGAGGAACAGGAGCAGAGGGACGCAGUAAUUCGCCGCUAUGAAACCUACCGGCAGAGACUGCAGGAGGCACUGCUGGAGGUCAGGGGGACUUCUUAAGAGGAUAUAACCUCCUUGAAAAAGGACUACUGCCCCCUAGAGGGACGAAGGGGAUGUUUCGUUUUGUUUUUCAUUUUUAAUCUCCUGGUGUACAUUUUGAUGGAGGGAGGGAUGUGAACACAGAAUCAGGAGAGAGGCUCCAGCACCUGGAAGAAGGGAUAAUAAAGGAUGACAAGAGGACAGAAAAAAGAGACUGCAAAUAAAAAAAGACGAACAGACAGAAUUUUGGUUGCUGGAUUCAAGAUUCCAAACUGCUUCCCGCUCGGCUCCGUCUGCCUGCAAACACCAAAGAUUCACUCACUGUGCCAUAUCCGUUCAUCCUCUUCACUGUUCGCCAUCCAUCCCUCUCUCUUUCAUCUUCUUCUCUCACUCUGUCCUGCUGUCACAUAAUUUAUGCAGUUCAUCCUUUUUGUUUCCCUCACCUUUUUAUCCUUUGAACUUGUGAAAGACUCAAGGCCAUAUGUUGAAUUAUUUUUAUUUAAUUUGUUUGUUUUAAAGGUCUGUACAUAUUUUUUUUCUUAAUUUAUAUGGGUGAAGCUUUUUAUUGUUUAUUGUUUUUCUUUUUAAAACAAAGUCUUAUUUUUGUUUUAUUGUAGAGGCGGAGCAACAAUCUGCUUGUUGACACAGAUGCUGAGAAUAGUUUUUUCAGACUUCAACAGGACACAGAAAAUCCAAGCAUCAGAGCAUGAAAGACCAUUUAAAAAAAUGAUCAGCUGGAAGCUCUAAACAGGCCCAGAGGCUGGAGUUGCAUAUAUAUGAUAAUAGUUUGGGAUAAAUUGGAGAGGAACUGGAAAGUCUGAAGUUUGGAAAUAUGUGUGAAGUGAUAAAAUGGAUAUGUAUGGAGUCUGAAGUGUACCAGAAAAAUGACAGAUUUACUUUUUUUUUUAAAUAUUUGCAAGCAACACUUCAGUUACUUAAUUUUAGAAACUGCUAUAGGCUUUCUAUUUUUUAAAUAACAUCUUUAUUCUAUUGGCAGGAUCAUUUUUAUUUACUGUGCAAACUUUUAUGAAAAUAACUGCACUUUUCUAGUGAUGUUUACACCAUGAGAAAACUUUAAACUUGGACAAGCUGAUUCUAAAAGGUGUUGAUAUAUCAUAAAAUGGAGUUAUUUUAACCCAUAGUAGUUGUCAAAUGUAAAAGUAAAUACUGAUUCCAAUAAUAAUAGCUCUAAUUACAAAGAAUGAAAAUGGAUUGGAGUUCUUCUGGAUUUAUACGUUCCAAAAACAUGUCCAAUCAAAAUAUAUGAAUCUGAGAAGAAAUUCAUAUUAUAUUCGUUAUCCAUUUAUAUGGAAUUUAAUUAUCUGUUUAUAUUUUUUGGCACAUUUAGGACUCCAUAAAAGCCAGCCUGAGAUUGUUUGCAUGAAAGAAAGGAGAAAUGAAAGGUGAUGUGACGGAAAACAGCUGCAGGAACUCUAGAGAGAUUUUUAAUAGGAAGAGUAAAAGAACGGAGUCUUAACUGGAACUUAACAGGAAGUAGUUUAGUUUUGGGUGCGGUUUGUAAAAAAACAAAACAAAAACGCUGUUUGUUUUUUCAUGUGAAGUGAAGAUGAACUGGUGGGAUCUGAAGCCUUUGUGUUUUUUCCACCACCAGCAGAGUUUGGUGAAGCAAGAGCUGAAUAGACUGAAGCAAACUGCUUGAACUUUGACACCCC